ACGAAAGUGCGGGAGGAGUGCCAGGCGAGCUCUGCUCAGGGGCACCUCCUGUAUCCUGCCAAUGAGGAUGGGCGUGCAGACUGUGCCUGGGAGCUGAGCCGCCGCCCGCUGGGUGUAGGCUGCUUCAGUAUUUACCGAAUGUGACAAGCAGAGAGCAGAGCUUUCGGCGGGGCCGCGUGCUGCCCGGCUCAAGUGGUGGGAGAGCUCCUUACCCGCAACCUCUCUGACUAUCCCGUUGGCAAAGACCCGCAGGCCAUGAGGACUGGUCAAAGACAGAACAAAGGGAUGAGGACUCGACUGGGAUGCCUGUCUCACAAGUCCGACUCGUGUAGUGAUUUCACAGCUAUUCUUCCCGACAAACCCAACCGUGCUCUGAAGAGACUAUCCACAGAAGAAGCUACGAGGUGGGCAGAUUCCUUUGAUGUGCUUCUCUCCCAUAAGUAUGGGGUGGCUGCGUUCCGCGCCUUCCUGAAGACGGAGUUCAGUGAAGAGAACCUGGAGUUCUGGUUGGCCUGUGAGGAGUUCAAGAAGACCAGGUCAACUGCAAAACUGGUCUCCAAGGCCCAUAGGAUCUUUGAGGAGUUUGUGGAUGUGCAGGCUCCGCGGGAGGUAAACAUAGACUUCCAGACCCGAGAAGCCACGAGGAAGAACAUGCAAGAACCCUCCUUGACUUGCUUUGACCAAGCCCAGGGAAAAGUACACAGUCUCAUGGAGAAAGACUCUUACCCCCGGUUCCUGAGGUCCAAAAUGUACUUAGAUUUGCUGUCCCAAAGCCAGAGGCGGCUCAGUUAGACCUCAGAUGGGGACUCCUGGAGAUCACCGGCUUUCCCCUCCCCUUGCUGCCAAGACCAUAUUCUAACGUGAAAUGUCAUAGGUGUUCAAAAGCAGUGGCAUUUAGGUUGGGAGCCCGGGAGUGAGGAAGGGAUGAAGGGCCAUUCCAAAGUAUGAUCCAGCCACCAGAGCUCGGACUCUAUUCCAUUAACCCAUGUUUGUGUUUUGGUUAGUGGUAGUACCUUGUCGCUGUCACCCUUCUCUGGGUGGGCAACUUGCCCUCCAUAAUGCCUUGGGUCAUCUCCACUAAGAAGGCAGAUAUGCCAUGCUGGGCUAAUCUGUAAAUAAUGCAAAUGCAAUUUCCACCACUUCCACACCCUCCUCAGUUAGGAUUCCUGACUCUCUAACUUGUCCUAUACUCCUGUGAGGAAGAGCUAGAAGACUCUGGCUUAUGUUUGUGAUUUGCUGUUACAAUGGAAUAGCCGGUCCCGCGUGCUGGGACCUCACGGUUUAGGAGAGAGGUCUCGGUGGAAUCCCAGGUUUCUAGCGCCGUCACCGAUAGGUGGCCUCUGAGAGAAGGGGCACACUCCAUGGAGUUGGCUGUUUCUUCCAUUUGCAUAAGACCAGUGUCACUGCCCAUCUCAGCCUAGGAAAUUCACAAGACUCCCAUACCCUUGCAAUUCCAGAAGGGGUCUUGGGAGAUGCCCUUCACCACUUCUGAUGUGGAACUGCUGUUGAGAAAGAGACAGCUUGCACAUCUUCCUCAGUUCUACCAAGAAGUUUUCCGGAAGUUGAAUGAGCAGGGAAUGUAGCACCAGUCGAUUUUUGUGCAGUGGGCCACCAUAUAACCUCUCUGUUGCUUAAUGUGUUGUCUGCCCUCACCUCCCUGUGGUAUCACACAUCACUGGUCUCUUAGACUGAUGGAUGGCUUGGUAAAGGGAGGUGAAUUCCCCUAGCAUGGACAGCUCUCACAGUGCCUGAUACUUCCCCUGUCUCUCCCUCUUCCCCCCUCCAUGCAGGUCAUGUAAUUCCAAUGGGGGAGAACGGGAACUUAGGCUGUAAUUCUCUUUCCAGCUUGCUUCCUGGGAGCAUGCUUUUCUAGAAAGGUUCUUCUCGUGAGGGCCAUGUUGGCUGAUCAGCAGCUUUCUUCUUGACUUUUUGGGAUUGAACGUGGAACAGGAGGCGCGGCUAAGAAGAUCACUGUGAACAUCUGGUUGUAGAGAACCUUCCUAAGAUGUCUUCAUGGUAUCCCCGUGCUGCUCUUGGAAAUACAUCAGGAAACCUUUCCCUGGAGGAUGAGCAAGACACAGGAAACUUCCUCCAGCUGCCCGGGAAAAAGCUGACUUUGGCCCAAGACUGCAGUGCUGAGGAGGUGAAUCCUCAGCAGAGAGAUCAGAAAGUGGAAGAGGAGCCUGGGAGAGGCUGGUCUCUGGGUGGACUGAAUCACAGAGAACGUGCUGGAGGUGCUAUUGGGCUAAGUCACAGCCGAUGGAUUUGGAUUCACUGCAGAUCUCCAAAACUUUCAGCUUGACUAAGUGAAACAGCACAUGAUGAGGUGUAAGCUCUGGAAUGCAGGUGAUUGAAAACUGGGCUGAAGCAGUCUCCUCGUGUAGUGGGGAUGAGCCUUUUUAGAUGUGCGGGUAUUCCAGUGCUUGCGUUCCUGUGCAGUAACUUUAUGGAUCUCUUCCUUCCUUGGCUGCAGCUAGACAAGGACAAGAAGGCUCUUGAGUCGCACGGGCUGUUAGGGUCCGCUGCCCUGCCGUGUAUCUGUGAGUAUCUGUGAGUGAGGGUUGACGUGUCUGUACGAACCAUCGAGGAGAGAGAGAACGCAGGCCUCCUGAAGAGACCUGUGGAAUUUCACGUUCAAGAACUCUGCAGCCUCAUGUGGGUGUUCCUAGUUAGAUCAGGUAGUAUUUCCCCACCCCCACUGGUGAAAAACCAUCCUUGGUUUAAGCUGCUAGAAUUACUUUAAUGAUCAAAUUCUGGAACAGGGUAUUUUCAAUGUUGUUUACAUACGAAAUGUAUGUCUGCCGCCAACUCUACUGUCGACUAGGAGGUGCCUAUAAAUGGGAACAGCACAGAGUUAUGGAGACCUGAAACGUCCUAAGAGGGGCCUUUUUACCACUUCCACUGUCCCCAGAAGAAAAGUCUGAACAAGAGCGUUUUGCGGUCGCCUUAUCUGAGGCCUAGAGUUCUUGCCAACUAUUGGUGGAACGAAGGCUGCAGAUGGUGGUGUCAUGGCGCCUGGUGACUUCCUCCCACGAUGGGGAGGUGUGAAGGACCCAACUUGGGUAUCCCGAAAUUUGCCGCUAAGUGAGGGUCUGUGGGCGUAUGUUCGUGUGUAGAGGAACGUGAUAGUUAUGUUUAUGGUACUCCCGUGGAGUGUGUGUGUGUGUGUGUGUGUGUGUGUGAGAGAGAGAGAGAAUUAUGAACACUAGACUAGUACACCACAGAGAUGGUCUUCCCAUGGGUGGAGCUUUCCUCACACCCUUUAUGUCCUGCUUCCACCAGAAGGCACAGAGCUGUCUGCUCCAGUGCUACUUUCAGGCACUUUGGUCAUGCCAACCGAGAUUUUGGUCUGUGACGAAACAAACAGAUAUGUUUACAACAUCUAGAGCAAUAUCCAAGCAUACCUCAUCCCUGACCUUCCACAUCGCCCUGGCCCGCCCUCUCCCUCACCCUCUCCACAAGGCGUCCUCUGCCCCGUUUGGUGGGCACCCACAGCGGCCGCUUCUCCACGUCUUCCUUGGCUUCUCACACCGGGCUCGUGCUGUGGACUGCCUUCCGGGCACAAGGCUUGCUCUGUGCUUGGGACCUUUAAAGGCUCAAGGCGAGCCAUGCGGUAGGCCGGGCAGAGCUGUGACUUUUAGGAUUGCUCUCCAUCCCUGAGUGGCCUUUCAGCCCCACGUGAGUAUUAACCCGUUUGGGGGCUGGUGUGAGAUUUCCUGUUGCCCUCGGCAAACCAAAUAGAACACAAUCGGCAACAACCCUUCAUAGCCCUGGGCACUUCUGGGGUGAGGAGUGUUCCCUGAGCAGCGUUUAUUCUGAAAGUUGAGGAUGUGCAGGGAUCACCCGGAAAGCCUGUUAUAAGUGCUAAUUCCCAGGUUCCACACCCAGAGAUGCUGAUCUAAUAGAUCUGGGGUGGGAUCCAGGAGUCUGCAUUUUUAAUAAGCUCCCAGGUGUGUAGUGGCCUGUGGACCAUACUUUGAAAAAAGAUGGUCUAAGACAGUGGUCUAAGACAGAGGCUCUCACCCUUGGCUGUUCAAUGGAAUCACCUGGGGAGUUAAAAAAACCCGAAUGUCUAGGUCCCACCCCAGAACAGCUUGGGGUUGGAACUCAAGGCAUCAGUAGUUUUUAAGCUACUCCACAGGUGGCUGGGUCCAAUGUAUAGCUGAGGCUGGGAUGCUGGGCCUGAGGAGUGGGUGGGUCCAACGUAUAGAUGAGGCUGGGAUGCUGGGCCUGAGGAGUGGGUGGGUCCAAUGUAUAGAUGAGGCUGGGAUGCUGGGCCUGAGGAGUGGGUGGGUCCAAUGUAUAGAUGAGGCUGGGAUGCUGGGCCUGAGGGGUGAGGAGGAACACAGCUAAGGGUAACACACAGCUGUGUGAGCCGAGAGGGCUGGCACACACCCAGACACAAACAAGCACAAUAACCAGGAACCUGCCAGCCCUGAAUUUGACUCUUAGGGUGGUUGCCUGUAUGCCCUCUCUGACGUUUGAGAUAAAAAUGCUUCUGCCCCAGCUGAAUGCGUUGUCAGGCAGUGGGUAUGCCAACAGUGGGGGCUGAAAGGGUCCUUGGGGUUUUCCUUGCCUGCCGGGUCUCAUUCACAGGGCUUCCUCCAAUCUCUCCUCCUAGGCUGCUUCGCUGUUUGUUUUCAUGUGCUCUUGUGCUUGGUCAUUUCGUGUUAGGCCGUGCCUCUGUACCCAAGGCCACGCGACAUGGUAGUUGGACUCAGGUAGUGGGUGAGGGGUGUGUAGUAGUGAUAAUAGUGGUAGCACAACAGCUUCAAAUUUCUCAAGGGAGGGUGUUUUACCCUCAGAAUAGCAAGCUCUUUGAGGCUUUCUUUUCCAAGGCCACCACGGGGUUUUGGUUGCUGCUCUAAGCCCUCACCAUUCCCUUUGGUCUUAGGCCGGAUGGGCAGCUAGAAGGUUCCUAGUUGAUUUUACCCUCUGGUGCUCUCCGCAGAACUUGCUGCUCUGGAUGAACCAAAGCUGUGAAAUGGCUCUCUGCUCAGGCUGCAGGCCCAGCCUCUGGGUGCAGGCCCUGGGCGCCUGUCCUCAGCAGGGCCGGGUGUCCGGGUGCUCCAGGCCCUGGACUGUGAGGGAAAGGCAUGAACUCACGGCGCGGAGAGCCGGGCUGGGAAUGGGGAAGACGGAAGAGGAAGGAGCAGGGGGGAAAGACAAGCAGCUCACGUGGCAUCUGCUUCUCCAUAAACCAGCAGGGAGAGGUGAUGAGUGGUGAGUUCAGAGGCAGGAUCAUCUCCCGUCAACAAGAGCACCCAGAGCUCUCCUGACCGUGUCAGUGCCCACUUCCAAGCAAGGCAGAGGAAUUAUGAUUUUCCAUCCGAGGCUGUCCUUCAGUCUGCCAAGUGUCAGCCCUCUUCAAAUCUGCAUCCUCCGUUUUAGAAGCAAAAGAGGUGGCAAAGUCACCCCUGGCAUGGGGAGCCUGUGCCACUUGGCAUGAGACUGUGAAGGAAGAAGCCAAGAGCAGAGAUGUCUUCCUGUCCCUGUGACCUCUCGGGAUUCACAAGAUACUGUGGACCAAGAUGAGAGAUGGCAGGAUGGGGCCACUGGCCUUCCCUGGUGUGGGGUCCUGGUCUUCUCAAUAAACCGUUCUCUUCUUGAUUCUUCCUCCCUUCUGCCACUCUGCUCCCUCCCCUCUGCCAGGUACGGACAAGGUGGCUGAGCUGGUGUGCCCGCCAGGCGUGGUGACAUUCGCCGAGUCACGUGGCGGCACAGAUCUGUAGCAGCUCGUCUGCUGUAGAAACCGCUUGGCUGAUGGCGUCCUCAUUGAGUUGUUUCAUUACCAUGCAAAGUGGAAUAAUGUCACUCACCUCUACUAUAAACAAGGCUGUGAGGACAUAAUAAACAGAACCUGAACACGC